AGUUCUAUCAUCAUGUAGCACAUUCAAUCUUUUCUAGAAGGAGGUUUGGCUAGAGUAGGGCUGAAAUUGUAAUGUGUAAGGAAGCCACAGUCACUCAUAUUUGAUAUUUUGUGAGUGGCACGGUGGCCUUUUGUCUGUGCUUAGACAAAAUUAUGAAGUGAACUUGUUUCCUCUCACUUCAUCGCUGUUGCAGAGGGCCCUUGGUGUUCUGUGAGAUUGUUUAUGUCCAACAGGAGAACAGCAUGGCCUUUCUAGGUGCACCAGCCAACUUCCAUCAACAUUAAGGCCUGUCUCCUGGUACAGGGCCAGCUCGUAGAGGUCAGGGAUGUUUUUCUAUGCAUGAGCAGAGGCAUGGAGACUGAAGCAGGAUGGUGUGUUAGGGGAACUUGACAACAGGUGGGGAUUGGGUGACAAGAGAGAAUUCAAAAAGGUUGUGAGAGAACAAAUUGUGGAUGGUCCUGAGGAAUGUGGGUUUUAUCCUGAGGGAUUUUUAAGUGGGGGAGCUGGCAUGAUCUGGGUAUUUUAGAAAAAUCCAAAGCAGCUGUGCAGGAGGUGGAUCCUGACAAAGGGCAAGUCUCUUUCCCACGGCCACAGAUUUUCCUUGGACACUAGCCACUCACCAAGUCUAAUGCAACACUUCCUGGUUUUUCUAACUGCUGGCUGGGGUGAUUGUUCAUAAUUGCAAAUCUUAACCUGUCACUUGAAACCUUUUAGUUCCACAGCAGCUAGCAGGUAAAACAUCUGCACUUGAUUGCAUGAAAUGCUGUAUCUUUUCGUGAUCUGGUCACUGUGGCCUGAUAUCUGACUGCCGACUGGGAAUCUCCACUUGGAUGUCUCAGAACUAUCUCAAAUUCACUAUUUCUACAACUGGACUCGAGAUCACCUUCCCAUGGUCCUCUCCACAGCCCCCUCAGUGAAUGAUGCCAUUGUUCACUGGGGUCACAGGUGCAACAAGGUUUGCAGUAAGCAUCGGCUACUGGCAUGACCCUUACAUCCAACACUUUGUGAGACUGACUAAAGAGAGGAAGGCCCCGGAAAUUAAUAGAGGAUAUUUUGCUCGAGUCUAUGGUGUCAACCAGCUUAUGAAGGCGUUUCUGCGGAAAACAGAAUGUCAUUGUCAAAUUCUCAACCUUGGGGCGGGGAUGGAUACCACCUUUUGGAGAUUAAAGGAUGAAGAUCUUCUCCCAACUAAAUAUUUUGAAGUGGACUUUCCGAUGAUAGUCUCAAGAAAGCUGCACAACAUCAAAAACAAGCCUCCCCUAUCAAACCCCAUUAUAGAAUUACAUUCAGAGGACACACUUCAGAUGGAUGGACACACACUGGAUUCAAAAAGAUAUGCCAUUAUUGGAGCAGAUCUCCGAGAUACGCAUGAAUUGGAGGAGAAACUAAAGAAAUGUAACAUGAAUACACAAUUGCCAACACUCCUGGUAGCUGAAUGUGUGCUGGUUUAUAUGACUCCAGAGCAGUCUGCAAACCUCCUCAAGUGGGCAGCCAACAGUUUUGAGAUGGCCAUGUUGAUAAACUAUGAACAGGUGAACAUGGGUGAUCGGUUUGGGCAGAUCAUGAUUGAAAACCUGCGGAGACGACAGUGUGAUCUGGCAGGAGUGGAAACUUGCAAGUCAUUAGAGUCACAGAAAGAACGGCUGUUGUCGACGGGGUGGGAAACGGCAUCCGCAGUGGACAUGAUGGAGUUGUACAGCAGGUUACCGCGCGCUGAAGUGACCAGAAUAGAAUCCCUUGAAUUCCUGGAUGAAAUGGAGCUUCUUGAGCAGCUCAUGCAGCAUUACUGCCUCUGUUGGGCAACCAGAGGAGGAAGUGAACUCGGUUUGAAGGAGAUAACUUAUUAGUCUGUCGAAGGCACAUACUGAGCCAGAAGCUGAAGCUGAAGCCACCAGCCUUCCCAGGGGAGCUACGCUGAGCUCCCAGAGUGAUGGGCAGGCCUCAGGUACUGCCCUCCCACACUCUGAGAAACCUUGGUCUCAAAGUUUGUCGUACCAGCUCUUAUUUCUGUUGACUUGUUUAAAUAAAUCACACUUGCCAUUG